AUGUAUCAGAUGACGCCUUGUCUUUUCCACAUCCCUGUCUUCUCUUUCCCAUGUUUUCGAGCUUCCUUAAAAGAAAUUCGAAACCUACUGUUCUUGUUCAUUCGAAAACCUAUUCCUCUCGAUUACAUUACUAGGACUGGGAUUGACAAACAUGCGAUAGAGGUUAGGAGCAAGCUCCAUCCUUUUGCCCAGAAGAACCUAGAUGAGAAUGUCCUUCAUCUGUUCGAGAAUGCCUUGGUGUUGGGGCUUAACUGGUUUGGUCAUGUUCCUCCCGAGAUAGCAGAACUGAUGAAGAAGGAUGCUGAGGCUCCUUUAUGUUUUGAGAGCACUUCUGCUCUGGCUUCUCAUUCUUGGGUUGGCAAGAAUCUGAGCCGGUCCUUCCCGUCCAGCAAACGGGUUGGUAUCUACGAUGCCAUACUUCUGUCUAAGCAGUCUGUCAACAGAGAUGAAAACCUGCUUGCUGCUGCCUUGCCCCAUGGAAGACCUGUUGAUGCUGUUGGUGAUUAUCACAAGAGGAAGAACCAGCAGAAACUAGCCAAGCCAUUCACCAUCUCCUGA